CCAGACUUACCGCCUGCAGGGUUCUCCUCCCCCGUCCUCCAGCCAUGUCUCUCCGCACCCUGCCGCUUCUCUUCAUCAACCUGGGAGGGGAGAUGCUCUACAUUCUAGACCAGCGGCUGAGAGCCCAGAACAUCCCUCCAGAUAAGGCCAAGAAGGAUGACUGGACAGAUCAGGAAAGAAAACGAGUUAUGAAUGAUAUCAUCACCACCAUGUUUAACAAGAAGUUUAUGGAAGAGCUGUUUAAGCCUCAAGAGCUGUACUCAAAAAAAGCCCUCAGGACAGUAUUUGACCGCCUGGCCCAUGCAUCUAUCAUGAGACUAAACCAAGCAAGUAUGGACAAGCUUUAUGAUCUGAUGACAAUGGCCUUCAAGUACCAGGUUCUAUUGUGCCCUCGCCCCAAAGAUAUCCUGUUAGUUACGUUUAACCACAUGGAUGCCAUCAAAGACUUCAUCCGGGACUCUCCAAGCAUUUUGAACCAAGUUGAAGAGACUUUCCGGCAGCUCAUUGAUAUGUAUAACUGUCUUCCUGCUGGUGAGUUUCAGCUUGUUAGGCAAACUUUGCUGAUCUUCUUCCAGGACAUGCACAUUAGGGUUUCUAUUUUCUUAAAAGACAAAGUCCAAAACUCUAAUGGGCGUUUUGUUCUGCCAACAUCUGGUCCCGUUCCUUGGGGCACUGAGGUACCUGGGCUAAUAAGGAUAUUCAACUUUAAAGAAGAGGAGGUGAAGACAGUGGAGUUUCAGAAUGGUGGAAAUUAUGUCAGUCCACUGCGGGAAGGGUCUUAUGAUCUUUUUGGUGACCGAGUUCUCAAACUUGGAACAAAUAUGUACAGUGUAAGCCGCUCUGUGGAGACUCACAUGUCUGGAACCUUAAAAAGCUCCGCAUCACACACCAAGGAAAAUGUGGUGCCAAAUCCUCUGGCUAAAGAAGAACUGAAUCUCCUUGCCCAGCUUCUUGGUGGUUUGGAGUUAAAGAAACCCUCUAGUACUGACCACAGCUUCCGACUUAACUUAUUCAUGAAUGAUGAGGAAGAAGAACAUGCAGCACUUACAAGGCCAGAAGAGCUUUCUUAUAAAGUUAUCAACAUUCAAGCCAGUGAAGACCAAGAUAGAAAUAAGGAACUUUCUCGAAUAAUGGGCGAGUUUCAAUCUGAAGAGACCCAUGUUCAGAGUACCAGCAAGGGGGAGGAUCUUCUAGCACUAAUGGAUGGACUGUGACCGUACAAGAGUUCUUUGUAGUUUAGACAUGCACCGCUGAAGGCCGAGAUGGCGGCUUCUUGCCAUGUUACAGCAGAAACCUUUGCAAUUCAUGUACUGUAUCAAGCAGGGAGCUUCAACAAGUGGCAGAUCACUUUUAUAGGUCCCGUUUGUAAUAUUGAUGUGUAUAUAUGUAUGUCUAUGAAUAUAGUCUAUCAGGGUACAAGGUGCUUGUCCUUUACUUCAGCCUUCACAACUUCGAGUCACAUGUACAGUAGAAGAAAAGUUCACCUUUUAGUUCUGAGUUCACAGGUAUCCAGUAUAAUAGGAAUAAGAAGGAGAUAAUAUGGGAUUGAAAUUCAACGUAAUUGGCAUAAAAAUUGAUAGUUUUCAACCAAAGAUAAGAUGUGACCAGGAUAUUUCUUGGGGUCUACUGUGAAGAAACGUGUACAUGUAAUAAAGAGGUCACUA